AUGGCUGCUGCAGGAUCCAGCUACUUUGUGAAGUGGUUUACUAACUACCGGCCUUCAUUGCUCAAGCCUAACUUCUGCCUUGAUCCUAUUGAACUUCCUGCGGCGGCUGCGUCCCCGUCUAAAAAGAGGCCUGGCAAACUUGGCUACAUUCUAGCCUACAAAACCCGUCCUGAUACUCAGAACGGAUGGCCCCCUUAUCCGCCCGAGUGGAUUCUUACCUUCCCCGAACGAAAGCAUACCGGCCUUAAGGAGAGCUCGAAGGACCCUUUUCUGCCUGUUUUUCUGUACGAUAUGGCGGAUCCUUUUGAAGUCCGCAUGCGCUUCACCUCGCAGCUGCAGCAUCUCAACGCGUCCGUCACUUCGUCGCAAAAGGCUGCCCACUAUGCUCUCAAGUACCGCGACAUGGACGAGGAUUUGCAUUCCUGCAUCUUGGAACAGCUUGAGCGGAAUAGCAUGAAUAACCGCGCCAAUAUCAUGUUCUUCAUCGAGCAUCUCUGCGAUAUGGCUCAAAAGGAAAAUCAUGGAGAGUUUAUCCGUAUGAUGCAGCGGGAUAUCCUCCGUGUUGUGGAUGCCGUCGCGCCAGAGGACGGAUCUGGUGCAGCGAAUAUCAAAGUUGUCCGCCGCGUUUUGAGUGGACUUCGACAGAAAGGCGUGCUCACCGAGGAAGGCCUCGCCGAGAUUGAAGCCUGCCUGAAGGAACGUGAUACUCUCCCCACCCACUCUGCUUUUGGGUCUCCUCAGUCGAAUGCCAAGGCCGCAGCUACUACUCCUCACGGAACAAAAGUGAUGGAUAUCCCGAAACCCGAAAAGCGCCAGAUUGAGCAGCGUAUCGAGGAAGAUCGCGAGCGGCACAAGCGUCUUAGAGAGAAUAUCUGGGCCGUUAUCCCCGAGAAUGAUGCUGAGUUCUACAAACUCUGCGAUGACCUUAGCGAUAUCGGUGAGGAUGACUAUAUCAUGGCUGGCGAAGAAGCAGCCGACCGAUCAACCGCUGUUGCGGAGUAUAUGCGCAGCAUGCAAGGAACCUCUAACUGA